UGAGACGUUAAGCUCACUUACGUUAGCUCUUCCUCAACAGAUACUUUCAUAUUGUGUGGACGAACGUGAUCAGAUCUGACUGAGAGACUGACUGAGGGUCACAUACAUGAUGCUGAUACGCCACGGUGACUUGUGUCCUCUUCUGUGAAAACGCACACCUGCGCUAGACAUUAACGGAGAAUGCAGUGUCCUGAGUGCAGUUAUGUGUCUUUGGAAAAGGCACCAAACUUCUGCAGUCAGUGUGGCUGUAAGCUGACAUGUCAAUCAAAUGAGAACGCAGCAGACAUGCCACAAGACAAGUUUCAAACAUCCUCAAACAUUCCACACUGUACCGAUGCAGAAAUGACUGAUAUCGGACAUGAAUCAGAAGCAUUGGAUUACCAGAAUGCCAAUUUAUCCCCAAAACGACAAAAUGAAGAUAUAAUCCCUAUCCCAAAGAAAAAGAAAAGAAAGAAGAAGAAGAAGACGAAAGCAGGUGGUGCAGAGGGCCCUUCGUCUCUGACCUCAGAUCUCUCUGAUAUAUCGCUGACUGUAAAAGAAAAGAAAAUGGAGGAAGACCAAUCUUCUGACAGUGAUGGCUCUUACUGCACUGUAGAUGACAUCACUAAACUGGCUGAAUCAUCCUCUCAUCUGAGCCCAGAAACUGAAACUGCUGAGCUAAAACAACACGUUGUUUCUGCUUUACCCAUAGAUGCUGCUGUAUGUCAGUCUGAUAAUCAGCCUAAUAGUAGCAAAGAGAGUUGUGUAGCACCUGAAAUGACAGAAACAUCUCAGUUGCAAUUGACCCAAGAGCAGAUCAGCAUUAGUACUGAUAAGGCUUCUCCAGCAGUGACCAUGGAAGCAAAUCAGAAAGGUGAAGAGGAUAAAGUAAUAUCGAAGAAUAAAGGACAAAAGAGUUUGUCCAAAAGAAAACAAACUUAUUUAGAUCAAGAUGGUGAUAUGGACCAGAAUGCAAACAUAAAGAGCAGCACAGGAAAUCAAAGGGAGACAGAUGAUCAUGAUGUGGGGGCACAAAACAACCACAGCUCCAGUGGCGAUUCUUCAGUGAAGGAUGAGGAGAGUGAGAAACAGCUAUCUACUCAUGCAGACCAGAAGAUUACAGCAUCUGAGAAGCAAAAUAAAAGUGAGGAAGCAGAAACAAGUGAAGGCAUACAUCAUGUCUCAUCUGCUACAACAAAAAAAAAUCAAAAUAAGACACCGCAGAAUUCAUCACAGGGCAUGGUGUUUGGCCCACAGAAUAAAUCUAAGAAGAAUCACGAUUCCAGUGUCGAUUCUUCAGUGAAGGUUGAGCAGAAGCCGCAGUCUGCUUGUGCAGGCCAGAAGAAAACAGCAACUGAAAAACAAAAUAAAAGUGGGGAAGCUGAAACCAGUAAAGGCAUUCAGCAUGUCUCAUCUCCUAAAACAAAAAAAAAUCAGAAUCAGGAACCGCAGAAUUCAUCACAGGACAUGUUGUUAGGCCCACAGAAUAAAUCUGAGAAGAAUCACAGUUCCAGUGGAGCUUCACCAAUGAACGCUGAGCACGGUCCGAAGCAGCAGCAGUCUGAUCAUGGAAAGAAAGGUUCUGCUAUGGACCAGAAACAGAAAGAAAGUGAUGAUACAGAAAGUCAGUGUGUCACGCUCCAAAAAAGAAAUCCAGCAUCAAAUCAGCAUAUAAGUUCCAGUGACAAGCUCACCAUUUACUUUCAUGCGGUCCUGUCAAAACACUUCAAGUUUAAGCCAGAUGAGGAUUAUAUUUUUAUAAGAGCUGGUGCUCACAUUGGUAACUGGGAAAAAGAUCUAGUUGAACUGUUUGUGACACGGGAUCUUGGAGAGCAUGGAUUUCUUGUUGAAGGGAAAUUUGUAUGCAAAAAAACUGAUGCUGCAUCUGUGUCCAUCCCCUACAAGUAUGUUGUGUAUAAAGCAAAAAAGCAGCAGUAUGAAUUACGUUAUGAAUACAUCUACAAAUUGGAUUCAGAUGAAACCACCAACAGAUGUCUGUUUGUUAAAUCACAUCUCCUAAAUGAUGAAGCGGAAUGGCAUCAGUAUGAUGAUAUCAUCUGUGCAGAACCAUCUAAUAAUAUGUUUGAAUGGAUCAGAAAAGCUGUUUGGCCUGAUCAUAAGAAAGGUGUACUCCAGGGGAGACAAAUAGCUGGUACAGUCAUGCUGGAAACUAUCUUUGACCUCCUGAGAAGCUGGAGCAAAAUGAACCUCAGCAACUUUUUUAGUCAACUCAGACAGUUUUUUGAGGUCUAUGGAAACCCUUUUGUGUUUGAAAAGACACAUACGAAAUGGUACUCACUCGAAUACAGUGAAAAAGAUGUGAGAAAGCUUCUGAAGCAGUUCAUGCUGGAGCGAGUGACUCCCGAGUUACAGAAAGACAACGAAGAAAAGAGUGAAUUCAUCAAGGAGCCACUGAAGGCUGGCCUUAUUAUGCUCUAUGUAUGGCACCAGUAUCGUUUAGAAUUAGACAAGGGAACACUUUCUCGUCUUUGCACUGCCCUGUGCCUGCCAAGAUUGCCUAAAGAUAAAUUCCUAUCUUUCUGGACAGACAUAACGGAAUCAUUCUUAGCAAUAGAAAACUUGUCUGACAUGGUGAAGGAACUGAUCAACAAAGUGAGAGCAGAGGACAUGCCCAAAUGGAUCAUUGUAAUUCCACUACUGCACCUUCUCAAUGGCACUUCAAAACCAUUUGAGCCAGUGUCUACUAAGAUCAACUCACAAAAUGUGAUGAGCUGGGCUGGACUUCAGGGACUCAAAUCAGCUAAUAUAACUUCCACCAGAUCCCAGGACAGAAGGGCAAUGCUCAAUCUCAUGAAGACCCAUGCAUAUUUGGUGGAGGUGGACAAACUGCUGGCACGGUCUUGGAUGUAUCUGAUGACAGUAGAUGAGUUGGUCGAGUGCAGCUCUAUCAUCCAAGCAGAGCUCCUAGACAUUCUACAGCUUUUCACCAUCAAAUGCCCCACUGACAUAAACUACUUAACAUCCACAAGUGUAGCAGAGAUUCUGGCACACAUUCAAAGUAACUUGCUCGAAACAAAAUACAGCUGUCCAAAUGAGGAUUAUGGCAUUCAGUGCAUACAAACAACUUGCAAACUUCUACAAAAGAUCUGUGAUCUAGUUCAUUACUUCAGCUAUGGACACAACUUCACUGAUAUUCCUGUUGCUUGCAUGAACCUUGUUGCCUCUGUAUCAGAAUUUGCCCAGACAUCACAACAAGCAGACAGUUUUUCUGAGAAGAUACUUGCGUUACUCAAUGAGGCCAAGCAAACUGUCAGAGCAUGGAGCACGCACACCUUAAAAGGUAGACUUUUGAACAGAAGUUAUUUGACGUGUGCCAACUUCACAACAGAAAUUGAGGUUGAGGAAAUUCCAGGCUUCGAAAUAAAUCUUUUCCUGUAA